AUGGCGGAUCCCACAGAGAUGUUUUCCCUGUCAACCUUCCACUCUCUCUCCCCUCCGGGCUGCAGACCUGCCCAUGAUAUCAGCCUGGAGGAGUUUGACGAUGAAGAUUUGUCUGAAAUUACUGAUGACUGUGGAAUUGGACUAAACUACGACUCUGAUCCCUAUGAGAAGGACUGUUUGAUGUUGGAUGUGAAAGGUGCACCUCAGGCUGUGACAGAAAUCUGCUCCUUCCAGGAUGAUCUGCAGGAAUUUGAAAUGAUUGAUGACACAGACGACAUGGAGGAAACAGAGCUGCUGCCCUCGCCCUCUGCCACAACCAUCCAACAGACCCGACCUUCCACCUUAAACCUUGCCACUCCACUCUCCCACUCACAGGAUUCUCUCAAUAACAAUGCCAGUUUCUCUCCCAGGAAAGCUAGCUGGCAGGAAACACUGCUCCAUUCCUCUAGUGGUCACUUAACUCCUCCACAUCAGUGUGUCCAGGAUAGUGUCCACCCAGCUGGCUGGUGCAUGACCGCCCCGAACGCUGGGCCAAAUGGCACUGGAUCACAGUUGCAACACAUGGAGAAUGCAUCAACCCAGUCACCUCUGAAACCUCUACUGUACGAUUUUGAAGGGAAUCGGCGGGAUACUCUGGAAUACGGGUCUUUUGGUUUUCAUAGAAAGUCAGCAAGCUCUUUCCCAGAGAUGGAAGCUGGUGACGAUAGCAAUGCACAUCCAACUAACACAGCAGACAAUGUCACAUCGCAAAGCUCAGACACAGAGCUGGAACAGGACUUGACCAACAGUAGCUCCAUGGAACAUUCUUGUUCUGGUAAUCGAUCCAAUGAUAUGUACACACUUGCCUCUGAGCUAGGGAUGAAUACUGAGGUUGAAACUGAUCAGACCUUUGCUGCCACAAAUAAAUGUUUAUCAUCAUCCAACCUUAGCAAUGGUUCCUGUACUCCUGUGUCUGAUGCAGAGCUGGAACUAGAGUUUGGAGUUGUCAGCAAGAUGCACAGACCACACAUAGAGCAAGCAGCUUUUGUGGAACCUGUUCUUGAGCAAACCAAUUUGAAAUCCACUGCCACCAAUGCAAUGGGUUCUUUGACUCCCAGCUCAGAGUUGGACCACGAUCACAGCAGACAUGAGACUGCUGUUGACUAUGUGCAGCCAUCUAGUUCCAAUAGCAAUACAGUAUCUCCUUCCUCUGACCCAGGCAUCGUGGCAGAUCUAACCAGUAAAAGCACCAAGAAAUUCAUGCAGUCAUACCAAAUUGAGGAUGGUGUUUCCUCUGGUUCUGACUCGGAAUUGGAAGAACUGGAAGAAAGACUUACAUGUGACAACAGUGCUGCAUGUAACAUGAUUUCUUCCAUCUCGGAGACAGAGUUAGACCUUACCAGCGAGAGCAGCAGCGGUCGGUCAUCGCACCUAACCAACUCAAUUGAGGAAGCAAGCUCACCCAACUCUGAUCCUGAGAUUGACUGGGAAGGAGAAAUCAGUACUUCCAAUGUUAAAGAUCGAUUGUACUUGGUAAAGACAGCCAACAAUACCAAUGUCAAUUCUUUGGAGCCAGUUGCUGAAUGGGACCUUGACAGUGGGUAUACAGGGAGAUUUGUAUGUUCAGUUGACAAAACCAAUUCAGAUAUUUCUGCCAGAGCCUUGGACUCGGAGUUAAUGACUGACCAACUUGCCAAGGUUAUUGCUGGGUCUUUGCAAGAUUCUGACCAAACUAAAGAGCAGGUUACUUCACCACAAGCCCCAGACAGUAAGAGUGAAUGUACCACCAGGCCAACAUAUCUUGAUAUAAUACCAAAUCAAGCACUGCCUCGAUCUUUAAGUCCUAAAUCACAAACAGAAGAAAAUGCUGAAGAGAACAGUGAUGAUGAACUGAGUAAUGAUUCUGAGUCUUCAUGUUCUGAUCAUGAUUCGGACCCUGAUCUGAGUGAAAGUUCUGACUCUCCUUGGCUCCUCAGUAACAUGAUCAACACAAUGAUUUCACAAGGCUCCCACGCUGUUAAAGAUGAGUGCUGGCUGCAGACUAAUUCAUUCAGUGAAACCAUUUCUUCCUGCUCUGACAUUGAGAUUGAGCCAGUCAGUGCCAGCAAGCUACUGCGCACUUCGGGCCACCAAAUCGACGCAGGCCAGGAAGGCUCUGAACACGCAGAUCUUUCCCAUCCUGAAUUAGACAUUGAGAUAAUGGACAGCAAUGAUGAUUUUGGUGACUCGAUGUUCUCCAAAGAUGAGGCAAAAGAAAAUGAGACCAGAGUCAAGGAAUCUGAGUUAGAGCCAAUGUUUACCAAUACACCAGCCACCCUCUACUUGGCUUUGAGUAAUCCAUCCAAUGACACAGCCAUGAUAGGAGACAGUAACGUGUCAUUUACUCCAGGGACAGUUGGCUCCUGUGAAGCAGAAUCAGGGUUAAAUAUGGAUUUUAAGGACAAUUGCAUGAAUGAACAGGGUGAUGUAGCUACCAUAAUUCCAAACUCCACUCUAAGCUUCAAAUAUGAGGAGUCAGUGGAACCCCUUCAAGGGAUAAAGCCAAUUCGGGACAUGGGUUCUCCAAGUUUCAGUGAAGACCUAGAAGCUGCAUUUAUUUUAGAAGAUAAGUUAACUGAAUUGAAUAAAUAUUCUAGAGCAUUAGCCUUAGAGGCACAAAUGAAAUCAAAGCCAGUCAGUGACAAGACUGACUGUACCAGUAGAUGCUCGAGCCCACCUUCUCUGCUGUUUAAUGCAAGCCCCAAAAUACCCAUAUCCUUUAGUGACCCAUCAAAUGGACCUUUCAGCAUGAAGGAACUGUCCCCAUUGCACAGGGCAGCCAGCAAGCAGCUGGACCAGUCCCUGGCCUAUGACUCCAUUAAAUAUACCUUGGUGGUCGAUGAAAACACCACUUUGGAGCUUGUCAGUUUGAAACGCUGCACCUCCAUCCUGAGCGAUGACAGUGAGAUCUCAACGCUGUGUGACAACUGCGAGCUGGAACUGGACAACGAGUUUGGGGAUUGCACAGGGAGACAUGACAUUGAGAACUCGUCAGAGGAUUCAUCGCCUGAAGCCGACACACAGUUUUCCAAGAAAUUCCUCAAUGUUUUUGUCAACAGCACUUCUCGAUCUUCCAGUACAGAAUCUUUUGGUCUUUACUCGUGUACAAUAAAUGGUGAGGAACGGGAGCAGACUCAUCGAGCGGUAUUCCGGUUCAUACCUCGCCACCAGGAUGAACUGGAGUUGGAUGUUGAUGACCCAUUGUAUGUUGAAGAGGAGGAAGAUGACUAUUGGUACCGAGGCUACAACAUGCGCACAGGGGAGCGUGGAAUCUUCCCAGCAUACUACGCCCAUGAAGUAGUCAACCAAGCCAAGGAAUUCCUAGGGAUAAAGAAGAACAGCGUCUGGGUGGAGAGGUUCGAUGUGCAGUUCCUGGGAUCUGUGGAAGUCCCGUAUCACCAGGGUAAUGACAUCCUGUGUGCUGCAAUGCAGAAGAUUGCUACAACUCGAAAAUUGACAGUUCAUCUGCGUCCACCUGCUAGUUGCGAGUUGGAGGUCAGCAUUCAAGGGGUUAAACUGGUCAUGAGUUUGAAUGAGUAUGGAGCAGAGGAUAAGACUGAAAGGUGCAGCCAUUUUUUUCAGAUGAAGAACAUCUCAUUCUGUGGAUGUCACCCUAAAAACAGCUGCUACUUUGGAUUCAUCACCAAGCACCCUGUGGUGAACCGCUUUGCCUGCCACGUGUUCGUAUCUGAGGAAUCCAUGCGCCGUGUUGCUGAGUGUAUUGGCCAAGCAUUUCAGGAAUACUACCAGGAGCACCUGGAGUACGCUUGUCCAACGGAAGACAUUUACCUGGAGUAGGGGUUUGACAGCUUUCGUGUGGAUACAUGACAUUUUCGCUGGACCUGGGCUCAACUGUUUGCUGUACCCCUGUU